AUGUACCAGGAUCUCGAGCAAUGCGCUCGCGUCGCAGGGUCGCGCUGGGAGGCGGAGUGCGACGGAGCUCGUCGCCGCGCGCUUCAGUCUGCCGCAGACGUGAUGACGCGCGAGUGCGGCAUCUACGAGGACGCGUUCUUCCAGUGCUACCGCCACGGAUUCCGCCUCCAGGGCUGCGAGGGCGAGAAAAGCACGACUCAGCUGCUGCGCUGCCAAAAGACCGUCGCGGACCGCGUCUUGCGGCUGUGA